UGAUUCCUGCUUCUACCCUGCUUUGAUGCUGAUGGUCGCCACCCCGCGCAAUAGACCACUAUCUUGUUUUUCGCUCUCUCCCUUUUCUCUCAUUCCAAGCGAAAGCACCCAACGCAAUCUUAAAGUCCCGCGCAGCCAAUUGAGCGCAACUUGUCGCGACUCUAGUCCGAGACACGACCAUCUUAGAGGACCGAGACAACGGAACUAGCCCGUGGCCAGAUAAAAAGAGAGACAGCCCCCCCGGCGACUCAUUCAGUCAUACGUUUCACACGGACUGAAGCUGCUCAUCUACGUUUCUCUCCACCUCCAUCACCAUUUUCGCGGCGCACAACCAUGAAUCGACACGGCAGAAGUUCGCGAAGGCGGUCUUCAACGCCAAAUUUGAAGCUGUCGCCAGCCCAUCUGGUCGCGCUGCAGACCGGCGACCCAGCUUCACCGCCCGACACUCCUGUCACCUCGCCAGACUUCCCCCGCAAGGACAACCAAGCGGCAAUUUACCUCCUGGCGAAUUCUCUUGCUCAAGACCCAAACAUCAGGCCAUAUGGGAGCGGCCAUCAGUUCAGCUACCGCCCGCUGGAGCAAUUGAGCCCGCGAUCGUCAUCUUCGUCCGAAGCCGACAAGGGACAUUCGAUUGGUGGCGAUUCUUCCGACAGCGCUAGCGUUGUCAGCCUGUCAACCUCGGCGGUGCAGCAAUUGCUACGCGCUUCGGCUGAAAUGAAUGCCCUGGCAUCGCAUGAGCUGGAUGCAUCUGGAGAUGCCGAUGCAGAAUCGGAAUAUGAGUCUGAGGCUGAUUGCGAGGCGGAGCCAGACAAGCUUAAGCGAGCAAGGCUUGCGCACGGCCCGACAGGCAUCCCUGAGGCCUGUGGCUUUGCGAUUGACUUUACGAUUGAGGAUAUGGAUCCGAUGGACAGUGAGUGGGAAGGCCUGGAUGUCGUCUACCCCACUGAGAUUGAGAGUGAAUCCGAUGCCGAGUCGCCUCCAAGCCAGUCUGCGUCUCAGCAGAAGGAUCUGGAUCAGGACAUGAUGCAAGACCUGGAGAACCUCAACUGCAGCAACGAGGCAUCCGAUGAUGAGAUUGAAGCUGACGAAGAUGACGAAGAGUCGGAGUUUAGGAGAAGGCAACAGGAGCUGAAGCGCAUUCGAAGAGUGAGCAUGUCGAGCAGCUUCGGUAAGAGGACGCACAGCGAGUUGAGCGACUCGGACGACAAUGACUGCGCUCUCGACGUAAACGAGGCCGGCUCCAGUGCUCGGCGAUUCCACAAGAGGGUCCACCGCGGGAGCUUACUAUUCCAGGAUCCUCCCGCCCCUCGAAUUGAUGAGCUGGAGGAGCCCAAUUCGAGCGAGGAUGAAUAUGCCAACGAGAUGCGCCUUGCACAGGAGCUGCCACGCCAUGCAAUGGAUGUUAUGGACACUGACUCGAGUUGAUGAAGAGCAAGAAACAAAUCAUGACACACCAAUAAAAAAGUCAAAGCAAAAAAGGAACAAAAAAAUUUCAAGAGUUCUCACCGGAGAACAUUCAUGGUUAUUAGACAGCGAGCCUGCUUUACUAUACAUGAUGACGAAUAAUGUAACGAGCAUAUUAGAGAGGCACGUUGAAGCCUCAAGCAAAGUUCACAUGGGAAGCCGACAUUUACUUAUUACGGCACGGUGAAUAUACAAGAUCAAUUACCUGGAUAGCCGAGAAAGCAAAAUCAAAGGCACAAGGUGCCCCAACUUGGUCGCCGCUGCGUCAGUCAUUUUUACAUUUCAGCAUGUACCGAACGGUUUUCUUCUUUUGAUACCUUUAUAGAUUACUGCGCUUGCAUCAUUUAUAUUUUUUUUUUCUCAUUCUUUCUUUUUUCAGACUAGAGGGUAGAUGGAGGCAGACUAGCUUGACAUUUCGAUACUCAUAUAUUGCUGAGAGAUGCAUCGUUCAGACUCACGCUUGAUAGACAAUAGACAAAAUUCCUACUGUUUACCCGGGCUUUGCUCAGAAGUUGUUUAUGGGAAGAGUUAUCCAGCACUCUAGCUAAAGCGUGGGCUACUACUGCUAUAACUGCUAUUACUUCUACUGAUGCUACUGAUGCAACUGAUGCUACUUGAAUUAUAUUUAGCAGUGGUGUAUUUGAAUACAUGGAUUAGCUGGCUUGUCGCUCUACAGCCGGGGUGCUGGAUACCUUUUCCCUUGUUUAUGCUCAUGAGCUUUAUCAUGCAGUGGGAACACAGUUGAUAAAGCCCCGCUGUGGACUGCUGUCCGGAGCUCCAAGCCGCCACAGAUCUUGGUGGGGCACUUUGUUAUGACGACCAAGGGACCUGAGCUAUCGCUAUCAAUCUCGCAUCAUCAAAAAUAUCCCACGACAGACAGCCACCACUACCUGGGUACAGGCGUUCUUUGGCUUUUUUGCGCCUCAAAGUCUCUCAUAUAGCUCUUGCUGCCACCUGAAAAAAACCACAACAUUGUCCUCAUUGCACCAAACGCGUCGUGCGAGGCCAACAGAAGCCAUGGACUCGACUCUGAUGUCGGUUCACCUCGAGCAAAUACAAAGCUCAUGUCAGGGAAUUGACUCGCUUCCAUUCCCACCUCCGAAAAUAUUCACCAACGCAAUGCUCUCCAACAACGACAUCACGUCCCUAAUCCGAGACACCGAGGCUCACGAACGCGCUCUAUUCUCCGUGCCCCCUCCACCUCCAGCCGCUACCACAGCAUCGAAACUCCCCAAGCCGUCCGAAGCCGAAACCGAAGCCAAGCCCAAGAACCGCCGGCAAACAGUCUUCAACGUCGCCUCGGGCGAAGUAACGACAGGCCCGCCGACGCGAGGGGCGCCUCAUCGCCGAACCGCCGUGGCCGCUGUCCUAGGCGGCGAGAUGCACGAACAGCUCCGGCGAGGAGAGACAGACCGCAAGGGCGACCUGGACGUGGAAGUGCUCCUGCGCGGCGCCGAGAAGCUCUGCGGAGUGUAUGAAUUGCCGGGGGCUCGCGAGCGCAUUGUGGCGUUGCGGGCCAGGUACCGCAAUGGGAAGAACACAACGGCUUAUUAUGAGGCGAGAGUGGCUGAGCAGGCUGAGCAGCUGGCGAGUAUGAGUAAGGACUGGAUGGAUCAGGAUAGGGACAAGGAGCAGGAAGCGGAUGAGGCUCAGCAAGGCGGUAGUGAUGGGUGGACGGAGGAGGAUUUACGGAGAGAGGAAGAGGAGGCCAAGCAGAUGGAGACGAAAAAGAGGGAGUUGCAGGCGAGGCUAAAGUCCAUGGAGAGGGAUAUUGGAGGGCUGAGAAACAUGUAACGAAUGCGUAUGGAUAUAAAAGGCCAAAAAAGAAUUGUGAUACCCCCA